AUGGAAGAACCUGAGAUCCCUGAUCAAGAAGAGUCAGAUAUAGAAAAACAGAGCUUAGCAGAAGCUCUGGAAAAGAGUCAAGUUUACGGAAAUAAACUGGAACAUCUCUGGAAGCAAUCACAGGAGGAGAUUGUGCGGCUUCAGAACCAACUUGUGGACCAAGACAAGUUGCUGGAAAAGAGCGCACAGGGUCGAGGAGGACUGAAGAAAGAAAUCGAGAACGUCUACCUUGAAAAGGAACAUGUUCUGACUGAAAAGCGGCGCCUAGAAGGACAUUUGGAACUGGCUAUAGAUCGAGGAGAGAGGAUAGAGAACUUGAAUAAAGAACUGAAGGAGAAAACAGAGUCUCUAGAGAGCCAGUUAGAGGCGAAUGACGUCUUGCUAAAGAAAAGGGACGAAGAGGAGAGAGAAAAGCAAAAUCUCUUCCAACAGGCUUUGGUCGAAAAGGAAGGAGAACUGGAGAGCGCCAUAAAGAAAAAAACUGAGCUGGGCCUCAAAUUGAAACAAAUAGAAGCUUCCAAUCAAAAGCUUGCUUCAGAGAAAGAAUAUUUCGAGUGGCUGAUAGAAGGCUUAACAAGGAAUGCCCGAAAUUGUGAGCUAGAGAAGAAGCAGGCAGACGAGACCCAGAAAAACUUGAUACUAACGGACAAAGUUCAGUCGCUAGAAUUACUUUUGGGCCAAAAAGAAUCUCAGCUGGUUUCGGCAGCAGAAAUUCUAACUGCAGAAAGAGCGAAAACUGAGAUUAUGGCCGCAGAACUCAAAAAGAUGAAGAACUGGGUCUCAGAACUAGGAGGAGAGAAAGCAAAGUAUAAAGAACAGUUAGAGGAAAAAGAAGAUGAAUUGGCUUCAGUUAAGAAAGAGUUAGACAAUGGAAAGAUAACCACCCAAACUCUGGCUGAAGAAGCCCAGGUUAUGAAGAACUGGGUUGCCGAGUUAGGAGGAGAGAACGUCAGGCUUCAGGAAGAGGUUGACGAAAACCAACUAGAAAACUUACUAAACACAGAAAGAAAACUGAGAUGUGAAAUAGCAGAGAAACUAGGCGUCGCUCUCAAUCACGGGAAGGAACUGGAAAGCUUGCUGGAAGAGGCAGAAGAGAAGGCGAGAAAACUUGCAAAAGAUUUCGAGGAAGAGGUCCAGAAAAGGGAGGCACAAAAACUAGAUUUCUUGGGCAAAGAACAACAAAUCAAAGGAAAAAUGCUAACGUUGGAAAGCAUAUUGAAAAAUGCUGAAAAUCUUCUGAUGAAAGAGGAGAGGGAAAAUUUACACUUGCAGCAAAGGUUACAGGAAAAGGACAAAGAAGUAGAGACGCUGAGGAAAAAUGAGGAGGACCAUCGAGAACAAAUGAAGGAGAUGGAGGACAAACUGCAAAAUCUCUCCAAGGAGAGAAAAUGUCUGAUCGAAGCAGUCGAAAAACAGUCGAGGGAAUGCCACCUUUUAAUUGCAGAGAAGGAGAGAGAGAAGAGUGAAAUUAGACUGUAUUAUCAGGAGAGAUUGGAUCAGAAGGACAGCGAAAUGAAGAAGCUGCAGGAAGAAUGUGAUAAAUUGAAAGAAAAUUGGAGGAUACAGGAAGAAAAUAUGAUCAGGGAACACCAACGUCUCAUGGAGCGUCAAAGAAGACAGGAAGAGGCUCUGAGGGAUCAAGAUAAAUACAUGUUAAUGACGCUUCUCCAUGGCACAGCUCAGAGGAACUUCCAUCUGCAACACAUUGCACUGCAGCAUGGAAUUGAACAGGAGCGGCAAGAUGGAGGGCAAGCAGAAGACCUGUGGAUGAGAAGGGAGAAACAAUACAGGAGAUACUGCGAUGCCCAGAGUGACAGGAGCAACUACGGGAAGCAGUGGGAGGUCCUAACUCAGACGUUGACGGACCUCAUUCAUGAAGAAGAAGGAAUCCCGCAAACAACGAACGGGGAUUCUAACAAGAACUGCGAUAUUUCCGAUGGAAACUCAGAUGACAAAAUGUGUCAUCAAAUCAACGACAAGAUAGAGCCCCAAAGAGCCGAUACUGAUGAAGAAAAUGUGGGUUGA